AUGGCCCAAUUCAAGCCUGCUGUGGUAUGCGUCUUCUGGAUCAUCUCGAUUAUGAAGCUAACCUCUAUAUCUGGGGCAUGUAGCUGCGGCGCAACAUCUGGCAAAGACCCGGUUCACUUUGAAGCAGCCCGCACCCUUGCCCAAGAGUUCCACAAGAACAACGUUCAACUGGUAUAUGGUGGCGGCACAACAGGCCUCAUGGGUGAGAUUGCCCGUACCUUGGUUUCUCUUUCCGGGCCAAAAUCCGUACAUGGUAUCAUACCCCGUGCGCUGGUUAAGGUCUCAACGAAGGACAGCGUUGAAACAACAAACAAUCAUAGCGGUAAAGCCGCAGAACGAAUCGUGUCAGAUGAAUUGGGUGAAAGUGGAAUUCCGGAAUCUGAAUAUGGCAUCACGACGAUUGUCUCUGACAUGCACACACGCAAGCGACUCAUGGCUACGAAGGUCAUGGAGGGUGGGCCCGGAUCUGGAUUUGUGUCGCUCGCUGGAGGUUUUGGAACUAUUGAGGAAGUUAUGGAGAUGACUACUUGGAACCAGCUCGGCAUCCAUCAUGUCGGGGUUGUACUACUUAAUAUUAAUGGUUACUGGGAUGGGUUACUGACUUGGAUUCGAAAUGCGGUUCGGGAGGGUUAUAUUAGUAUGGGAAAUGGGUCGAUUGUUGCUGAAGCGCGUUGCCCGACGGAGGUUUGGCCGAAGCUGCUUGAGUAUCAGAACAGCAAUGACCGGAUGCAGUUGAACUGGGGACAGGAGUGA